AUGGAAAAGUUCUCCGGGUACAACGACCCUGUCUCUGGAAUAAAUCCAUUUGUUGAUUCCAGAAGAAGCUCGAUCUCAAUCCUCGACUAUUUCAGAGUAAUUCUGAAGAUCCCUCUCAUUCUGCUUCUUCUGGGAACAAACAUAAAUGUUGUUCAACUUCUGGUUAGGAUUAAUCCGAGUGCAAAAGUCAGGCCCAAGGUCCUGGCUUCGAAUGCAUCAUCGUUUCUUGACAUCUUUGUUUUGAAGUACCUCACAGGCAUCAAUAACUACUAUUAUGUCACGGAAUCUGGCUUUGUAGAUGCUAGAAAUGGCCGUUUCUGCAAGAAGGCCGAAGAGCCUUGCGUGCUAUUCCCAGAGGGUUGCCAAACCAACAACAGAGCUAUUCUUCAGUUUGUAAGGGACGUUGAGGUUGACUAUGUAUGUGGAAUAAGAUACAAGGGAGAAUGCAUAAACAUGUAUGGAAACUUCUUGGGAUUUAUCUUUCGAUUUCUUGCAUCCAGAAGUUCUGUGGAUGUCAGGUUCAAGAAAAGCUCAGACUUGGGAGAUAUUUGUAAGCUUUCUUCACUUCCACAGGUGAAAUGGACCUCGAAAGACAAGGACAGAUUCAUGAAGGAGUUUGUCGAAAAGCUCUAG